AGGUGGGGUCGAGAGGGCAGAGUUUAUGUUACAGGGAAACAUUAUGACCAGUUUACAGGUUUGGUUAAACAGUACACUUGGAAACUGCGACACUUGUUUGUGCCGAAAUGGACGGAAUCCGUGCUCUGUUGUUUGUUUUGUUCGCACCUGCCGCAGUUUCAGCAGGUUCUCACUCUUUAGCCAUGGUUACAACGUUCAUCGAAGGAGAGACGCCGUUUCCAGAGUUUAGUUUCACACUGAUGCUGGAUGACAUCACAGUGGCAUACUUUGACUCUGAGACUGAGACCCUUUUUCCUCGAGGUGCUGAUCGAGAUCAGGACGACGACGGUGUGAUCGACCCAGAUCAUCUCAAGACCAUCACGUCCUUCAUGCAUGCUGACUUUAAACGGAGACAUCUGUUUAUAAAAUAUGAGUUAAAUUAUACUGAAAGUGUUGAAGUCCAACAGAGGCUGGUGCUGUGUGAACUGUUGGACAGUGACCAGCCUGGACCGUUUAUACUCAAGAAUGCAAUCGGAGGCACCACGAGAGAUGAACUGCGUUUCCAUGAACACAAAUUUACAUAUCAAAAUGCUUUAAAUCUCACAGAAGAAAGACUGAAACCACAUUUGGAGUUAACUAUGUGGCGUCAUGAAAACCUGUACUACCCAGUGUGCAUUAAGACCCUCAGAGGGUACCUGAAAAAGAGAGUGAAUCAGGUGAAGAGGAAAGUGAAGCCCAGAGUGAGGCUCAUCCAGAGAAGACGCUCAGUGUCUGGGUGGGAUGGGGUGACCUGCCUGGCCACUGGUUUUUACCCCCGUCACAUCAACCUGACCAUCUUCAGAGACGGACAGCCAGUUCCUGACCACCUGAUCACUGGAGGAGACCUGCUGCCCAACGUCGACGGGACCUACCAGAUGAGGAAAAGCCUGGAGCUCAGUGAAGAAGAGCUGAAGAGACGAAAUUACACUUGUACAGUCAUCCACCUCAGCCUGGACAACAAGCUGGACAUCCAUUUGGAUUUUGAUCCAGGGGAGCCCAUCGUGCCCAUUCUUACAUCUGUGGUGGCGGCUCUGGUCUUGUUAAGUGUGAUGGUGGCCGUCAUCUGGAUGAUGAAGACACGUAGGAGGAAGCGAACAGCUUCAUCUCUGGGGGACUAUUCAUCAGCCUCCACCACAGAAGAAAGCGAGGUUUCACUGGAUGAUCUGUCCAAGGGCUCUUAGAAAGGAGAACUUCAAUAGUCUAAAAAACGUCCUGUGUUCUCUGUGAAUUACUUAUUUGUCUUUUUAUAUUCUACUGUUAUAAUCCAUGAAAUUUCAUAUAAUGUGGAUUAGUGUUGAUUUUUUUUAUAAAAAAAAACAAAACUGCA